AGCCUGAGAACAAUGUUAAUUGUUCUAGCUUUUCUAUUUAUUUUCAGCCCUACAAUGGCUCUUUCUGCUAAACAGCUGACUACAAAUCAAAGAUUAAACAUUUCAGAUGAGAAUAUGCCAUCAAGUAUGGAAGUGUAUCCUACAACUGAAAAUGCUAAACUAGAAUAUCAAAUUCAAAUGAACAGAGAUCUAGUUGAACCAAAACGAAACGUUGAUAGAAUUUAUACUUUAGAAGAUUACAUUGAAGAUGCGACAAAGAAACGUUUGUAUAUUCAAAACUAUACAAAAACUGUUGAGGAGUAUUUCGAUGAAGAUUCUUUGCCUCAGCUUUGGGAAAACAAACUUGGAAGUUUUGAAGCAUCAAGUGGAAGUAUAGAUAGUUCACCUGGAAUUGAUAUGAGUGGAAGUGCUGUGAGUGAAAGUGGAAGUAUUACAAGCCCUGAUUGGUUUCAAAAAGGAGAAUCAAAUAUUAAUGAAAAGUGUUCUCCUCCUUGCACAGGAACAGAGGUGUGUAUGGAGCAGGCGGAAAAGUAUAAAUGUCGUCUUCAAAAUGGACCAGUUCAGAAAGUUCUUCGUGAACCCCAAACUGAAAAGAAUGGUUCAGUGAAAAAUGAAAUAUGUAAACAAAUAUUAAUAUUUAUUGUUUUAAUGGAUUAUAUUUAAUAUUCAUAAAGAAGAUAU